AUGAUCUUGAGCGGAGGGGCCCGUCCCAAGGAUCCUACCAGUGCGGGAUUUGUCGGAAGGCUUAUGCCCGCCCAGAUCAUCUCGUCAGGCAUGUACGAUCUCACACUUCAGAUAAACCAUUUGUCUGUGAAAGAUGCUACAAAGGAUUUGGCAGAGUGGUUUCUCGAGCGUGCAGCAAUUGCGCAGCCUCCAAACUCAAGUGUGAUGAUUCCAAGCCCUGUCGUCGGUGUCGCAGGAGGAACAUUGCCUGUCAGUGGUCACAACGACCAGAAUCUUCAAGUUCGCCUCAAUUCCAAGCCCGAGGCUGAGGACGGAGAUAUACUUGCAGAGGGUCUCAACUUGGAUCUGGGACUGUCGAAGGCGGAUCUCGAGUUUCUUGAUUCUCUUAAUAACAAGUAUACUGAUACGCAAACUGAAGUACAGCCCACUGCUGCGCGACGGGCGAGUCAGCCGAAGAACCUCGAAGCACCGGGACCGGCACCAAAUGUCGGAUAUGAUAAUCCACCUUUGGCCGACUGGGCCCCUCGAGCGGAGGAUAAUGCACACAUGGAUGAAGGGUAUCUUUCAGUGCCCAAAGACCUGGACUAUUCGAUGUACACUUCUGGUUCCAAUUUUCGCGUCCUGCCUGAAGCGCUAUCUCGAGAAAACAGGGAUGCGGCGUUUGCGGUAGUUGUGCUAAUCUGCCAGGAACGAAAUCUAAGUCAAAUAAUGCGCUGUUUUCCAAGUACAGAGUUGUUGGAUAGUGUUAUUCAGGACUUCUUUCUCCAUCAAAGGAGCGAGGUUCUGUCCUGGAUUCACGAGCCGACCGUGGAGCUGAGUAAAGAAUACCCCGAGUUCAUUCUCAGUCUGGCUGCUGCUGGGGCUGUAUUGUCUCCCAUGAUCGCGCUUCAACGACUAGGAUAUGCGCUUUUAGAAAUCGCUCGUCUCCAACUAUAUCGCAGGUACGAAAGUGACAAUAUCCUGACUCGCCACUUGCGCCAGCAGCAGGCAUAUGCGCUGGUGCUAGAUAUUGGGCUAUGGAGCGGUGACAAACGCCGUAUCGAGAUUGCAGAGAGUUUUGAGCAGCCAAUAGUGACCAUGCUGCGUAGGUCGUCCCGCUUCAAAGCAUGUACCACAGUGGAACUACCGGAAACGGAGGACCCUGAAACGCUUAACCAGUGCUGGCAGAAUUGGGUCGAACUGGAAUCUUACAAAAGACUAAUUUAUCACCUUUUCGUCCACGAUGCGCGGGCAUCCCUAUAUCUUUCCACCAACCCGAUUAUAUCAUAUAUGGAACUGGAAAUACCCUUCCCAUGCAGUCGAAAACUAUGGGAAGCGAGGAGUGCUACGGAAUGGAAAACUCUUUACGAGCAGGAAAUCUCUCUAUCAAAUAUCAAGCUGCCUUCUCUCGCCAAGGUUCUCAGCAAUCUGCCAACACUUGGCGAGCUUCACGGUCGAGCUGAUUUCCCGUUCGCUGCCCUGGUGUCAUUACAUGGUCUAUCCAACAUAGUGGCGGACUGUAACCGCUCAUGGUCUGGGCCGUGCGGAUCGUGGAAUGCUCUCUUAUUCCAAAGUUGGCAACGAGAGCUGCAGAUAGCACUGGAACACUUUGAAACGAUCGUCCGGGCAGCCAAUCAAUCCCAUAUACCCAUUGUCAGUCUUGUCCACCAGGCAGUGUCACUGACUCUUUAUAUGCCCCUGCGCAACUUAGAAGUGUUCGCUGGAAAGGACGGAGCAGAAAGCUCAGCCAAUAUUCGCCGCAAUUUCAUCGACCGCAUUGAACCUCAGCAACUGCGGCGGGCGAGUUGGCAUGCCGGACAACUGCUGCGCCUAUCCAAAUUGAUGGCUCCAAGUUCUUUGCUCGGCUUUCGUGCUGUUUGUCUUUAUUUUGCAGCAUUGGCUCUUUGGACAUAUGGCGCCAUCGUAGAGAAAGGACCUAAGGCAAGAAUGAAGACACCUGGACCGUCCGACGUGUUUUUCUUGGAUGGGGAGCAUGAUCCGCCCGCAUUGAACCGUGCUGCUGGCGAGUCAUCAUUGCCGUACGCUUUCGCCACAGUCAAGCGCUUUGUAUAA